GUGUCCUGGAGAACUUUUCGAUGCGUGCGUCAAAAGUACGUGAGGACUGUGGCGCAUUGGACGGCCGUAGUCGGUGGUGAAUGAACGGGAGGAGGAAGAAGAUCUUACAUUAGCUCCUGCCGGCUGCGGGGACUCAAGCAGUUGACAGAAACCCAGGCAGAGGGACUCAGUGAGAACAACACUGACAGCUUUGUGGGGAAACACGGGGCGACAAAUGAAAGCCAAACAAAAAUCCACUUAAUUAUUAUUAUUUUUUGUAUCUGUUUGGCAACCUCUUGUUUUCCAGAAGAUUUUUACGCAGCGCAAAAGAGUACAGAAAACGCCGCAGAGAUGAGUGUUGCGUGGUUUUACGUGCUCUUGAAGGAUCAUCUCUCUUGAUAAAGGGACCAAAGCGGACAAAACAAGGUUGCCCGUGAUAUUUUCUAAAAGAAGAUUGCAAAGGUGGAGCGAUUAGAGAAGGGCUGAUGAAGGGACUAUUAAUCCUUUCAGUGCAUCAAACGCGCCAAGGGGUACUAGAAACGUUUGGAUGGAAAUCGGGCGAGUGUUUGGAACUGUUUUUGGUUUUAUAUGAAACUGGUGAUUAGUAGUUGCUGUGACACAUCUGGAAGGAUUUUUUUUUCUCUCUGAGAUUUUAAUAAGGAGUAAAAUUUCGCUUUUUUUUUUUAACCCACCACCGAAAGGUUUGAUAACAUGAGCGAAAUCUCUGCGUGAAUACUCAGAAACUUACAUCUCUAUCUUUUUUUCUCUCUUCAAGUAUUCCUAAUCUAAAUGGAAUUAGUUGAGCCUAAAGCCGUUUGUGAAAGGAACAGACAUGCUACAUGGGCACAGCUUCCAUCACGGUCGGGACCAGAUUGUUACAUUAGUUGUUGCAAGUCUACUCAUACUUGGGUUGUGUGGGGCAACAAAGAAGGAUACAGCAGUGAAAAACAAUUCUGGAGUGAAGCCUGCAGGUCAGUGUGGAACGUGGGUAAAGGAAGCAGAAGGAGGGCUCUUCACUUCUCCCAAUUACCCAAACAAAUACCCCCCAGACACAGAGUGUGUUUACAUCCUUGAAGCUCCCCCAAGGCAGUGUAUCGACCUACACUUUGAGGAGAAUUAUUCAAUCGAGUCCUCUUGGGAAUGUAAAUUUGACAACAUUGAGGUACGAGAUGGACCGUUUGGCUUCUCCCCGAUUCUCGGACGGUACUGCGGUCAGCACAGCCCGCCUGACAUCAGGAGUAGCGGCAGAUAUCUGUGGAUAAAAUUUGUUACGGAUGGUGAACUGGAAGCAGUGGGAUUUUCUGCAAAUUACAACUUCACUGCAGAUCCAGACUUUGCAGACUUGGGAAUACCCCCACCUCUGCCCUCCUGUCAGUAUGACAUGGUUGGCCCAGAAGGUAUCGUCGAGUCUCAUCAGAUCACCAGAGACGGAAAGGCCGGUGCCACCGAGGCCGUCGACUGUAAAUGGUACAUCCGUGCCCCGCCGCGCUCCAAGAUCUACCUGCGUUUUCUCGACUAUGAGAUGGCAAAUUCCAAUGAAUGCAAGCGCAACUUUGUGGCAGUGUAUGAUGGCGGCAGUUCAGUGGAAGACCUGAAGAGCAAGUUCUGCUCCACGGUGGCCAACGACAUCAUGCUGGUUUCCACGCUGGGAGUCAUCAGGAUGUGGGCAGACGAGGCCAGCCGCAAAAGUCGCUUCCGCAUCCUUUUCACAACCUACCAAGAACCUCCAUGCGAUGCAGAUGCCUUCUUCUGUCACAGUAACAUGUGCAUAAAUAACACACUUGUGUGUAAUGGCAUGCAGAACUGUGUCUACCCCUGGGAUGAGAACCAGUGUAAAGAAAAGAGGAAAGCCAACAUCCUGGACAACCUGAACAACACUAAUGGGACCAUAAUUGGCGUCACCUGUUGCAUUGUCUUCAUUCUCCUCAUCAUCUCUGUUAUUGUCCAGAUCAAACAGCCACGCAAAAAGUAUAUCUUGCGACGUGAGGACUUUGACCCCACCAUGUUCCAGGAGGUCUUUGAGCCACCUCACUAUGAGCUGUGUACGUUACGGAGCGCCACCACACCCACAGCGGCCUCAGCAGACUUAGUCGACCUGGCGGAAGACUUUGAGAACUACCACGCCCUUCGCCGUGCCUCUUCCCGCUGCGUUCACGAUCACCACUGUGGCUCCUCCUCCAACCCCGGCUCCGCGCACAUAUCCCAGCUGUCACUCAGUGGACGAGGGAGCCGGGGCAACUUGAGCGCCCGUGACGCUGCGGCUGCCACUCUGCUCACAGACCUUCCGCAGCCGUCCAUGGCAGUGCGGCCGUUGUUGCCGGCCACGGGAAACCGCAGGAGCAUCUUGGUCAUGAAGCACAGCUACUCACAAGAGGCAGCAGACAAUGGAUGUGACCUGGACGACGACCUGGAAGAAGUUCCCACCACCAGCCACCGGCUUUCACGCCACGAAAAGGCAGUACAGCGGUUCUGCCUCAUUGGCUCUUUGAGCAAACAUGAAUCAGAGUACAACACAACUAGGGUCUAAGAGACAAUCUCAAGACUUCUUGAGAAUAGUGCAAUCCUGGAUCAGUACGAACGGGCGUCACUGACUUAUGAAAAAACGGAGCGGAGAUUUACACCAGCAUGAUGCUGCUGCUGCUGCUGCUGCUGAUGAUGAUGAUGAUGAUGAUGAUGAAGGGACAAUUUGAUGAAACAAACUAAAUGUGCAAAGAUGAACACGAAGACUAGAUGAAACUGCUCCAGAUGCAAAGUUUUGAAAAUCAGCUCUUUGCUCUACAUUCAGUAGCCAGUGCAGAUGUCUCACUGCAGAAGCAUUGGACCUUUACAACAAACAUCAUUCCUGAACUUUAGAUUUGGGACAUUUAGAAACAUAUUUGUCGUCAUAGAUUCUCAAGUGAUCAGGAAAUUUCAAGUUUAUUUUAAGCAUGUACUUUUUUGUAGCAUACAUGAGUUUGAUAGCCAAUUAUAGGCGCUUGCGGUUUGUCAAAUCUAGAAAGAUUUAUUUUAGUCAAAAUUGGAAUCAAACUAAUUACUAACCUAAUUGAAUUUAAUUCUAUUGGACAACUGUUUAUUUGGGUAACAGCUCAAAGUCCAGUUUUAUGACUCCUGCAUGCUUCAUCUAUACCCAUUAAAGCAUUAACAUACUAACAAUUGAAUAUGAAAAUAACGCAUCUACUAACAAUACUUAAGUCAUACAGGAAUAAGAUGUGGGUUAAAAGGUGUUUUCAAAAUAGAUUAAUUACACUGCAUGUUAUUGUGUGGCUGAAUCAUUACAAAGCAGAGCUCCAAUCAAUUUCCAACAUAAUAAGUUCAACUCAAGCUACUUUUUAAAUGUGCUAACUUUCCAAUAAGCAUUUUUCUUUAAUUAAUUUUUAUUUAUUUUUGGCAAAUUUGAUUCCGUCAAAUCUGUUUAACUUCUAAUUCUCUUACUUACUGUAGAAGCUUCAUAUCUUUGUAUUAAAACAGGAUUUUAUACUAAGGCAAAUUGAAAAAGUGGAUGUUUUUACAGUUACUCGAGUUAUCUUUCAGGGCUGAUUUUACUGAUGCUUUAUAAAAUAAAUAACACUGAAGCUUCACCUUUCCUUUCCCUUUGUUUUAUUGGCCUAUGGUCAGUAGUUCCUCUGUCCAUUAAGCGUGUGCUCAAUCUGUCAGCACACCUCGUUCUCCUCUCACAACCAAUUAAAUGUUGCUCCUUUUUUUUUUCUGCCCGAUUUGCUUCUGAGGAAGCGCAGACUCAAACCGGAAGGAUUUAUUUCACCAAGCGGUACACUUCUUUUCAAUCUCUGAGACUUUAAAUAAUUCCGGGUAAUCAAGGUAUCUGACAGGCGAGUUAAUUGACUUUUUGUGAUGCGUUUAUCCAACUCGAUCAGAAGUGAAGGAUUAGCCUUGCACUCGGAUAACACUUGCUACUGGCAGGCUGGUUAAUAUAAGACGACGUGCACUAUGUGGAGAGUAAAAUAAGUGGAUCUGAGCACAGUGACACAUGCAACACAUUUCUUACUCACUGUCAUUGUGUCUUUACCUGUAUUUGUGGGAAUUUAGAUUUACCAUCUAUGUGUUCAUUAUUUUUCUGUGUUUAGUGUCAUUACUUACAUUCAUACUCUCCACUAUUUUUUUUCCUUCCGCAUACACACAGCCAUGCACAUAUAUAUUUCUGCAAAUACCAAAUAAAAUGCUUUUCUUUUCUGUACACACAUUUGCACUGCCUGGUCUGUGUGUUGUCUCUCUGCUUCACACGUCUGUCAACAGAGAUGUUCAGCACGGGUACCAUAUCCAUGCUCUCUCUGUUUUUUGUCUUCUUUACUCUUUCUUUCUCUGAAAAUGGACACACACACAAACACACACAGUCUCAAACUCAUCUGCCGGUUUAUAGAUGGAGGCGGACACGCCGCUAAUUAAGUAAGUCUGAAUCAAUUCGAUCAAGCAGCAGCAGGAAGCAGAUGAGAAAAGUGAAGGGCCCAGAGCGGACUUAAAGUAAUAGUGUUUUCAUUUCUCUGCAGAUACAUCAGACAGAUGCAUCAUUCCUCUGCAUCUUGCCAGGUUUGACAGCAUUUGGAGCUAAGGUUUCUCUCCCAUGUGCAUCUUGAGUGAACUGUUGUUAAAGAGCAACUUUACCAAUGUAGAGUGAUGUUAUGAGAAAAUUCCUUAAAUCAAAAAAAAAGAAAAAAAGAAAAAGGUUUGUGAUGUAUGAAUCAAGUUUUUUUCUUCUUUGCUUUGGACUAGAGGUGCAUUUGCUCCCCGCCGGGCUUGGAUUGAGCCGCCAUGGAGCACUGAUAACUUCAGAUAUGAGACUGAAAGGUUUUUUUUGUUUGUUUGUUUUUUAAAUUUAGAGUACCUUUAAUGUAAAGUGGUUCAUGGAGGCAAAGAAAAAAUGCAGAAUCAGGUUUUUACAUCAUUUUAAUGUAACCAUGAAAAUAUAAAAUUGCAUAUUUCAGCUGCUGAUUUCACAUAUUUUCCUAUUUUGGUGCCGUGUCUUUACAGUAGAUAAUCAGGUUGUUUGGUGGGGGGUUUAUAUCAAGAAGAGAAGACAACAGACGAGGAUGUGGUGAAGUGAAGAAGUGACUAAUGUUAAACUGCAUAUAUGGGUGCAUACAUGAUUGUCCCUGCCUUUCAUCUAACAUCCAUUUCUUCUCAUUUUUACUGAUACUUUUACCGAUUUGUUUUUCAGUCUCCUGGUCAAAAUUCAUAGCAUUGUGGUAUUUUGUUUUGUUUUUUAAAAUUCAUGUGCAUUUUUAACUGAAAACACAUUAAGAAAAUGCUGGACUGAAUGUUUUCAAUAAACUAAUGUUUACUGAUUUUUUUGUGAUGACUUAUUUAAUAAAUGAGUACAAACUGAA